AGACUGGGAUGCGCUAACCAUGGCAUUAUCAUCGUCAAGGCUGUUUUGAUAGUCGAUCUUGCUGCUCUCGCACCAGAUCUCGAGCGAGCCGUGCUUGUAUCCUAGCGCGCAGCUGGCACUGACUCGGAGCCACACGCCUUGCCUCGUCUGCUAUCAUCAAUCAGUGCCUGGCCUUCCCACGCUUUCCUAAACAUUUCCACCGCUCGACCCCAGUCGCGACUUCCCAGCGUCCCAUACCACACCCCUCCCCCCAUCGACUCCUACUUUAUUCUUCCUGCUUCGCACACUCCCUCCUUCGACUUGAGUAGCACUGUCCUUCAUCUAGCCUCACUCGAUCACUCAGCGCUUCGUCCAAUAUCUUCAACUCGAGAGCUGGCUCUUGUGCGGUUGUCUGUUGAAAAUUUGUUGCUGCCCGACAGAUCCACCCCCAGAUCGAUUCCUCGAGUACCAAUUCGUCAACUUCACCGAUCCCUUCACCGCUCUUCGCACAGAUCCCCACACUCGAUAUGGUUUCAUUCCAAUGCGAGAAUUCCUAUAGGCCUGUGGUGACGUCCUGACCAAGAAGAAGCUGGACCCCCAUCGGAACCAAUGUCGAGGGGCGUAUUUUGCGUGCAUUGAUUGCAUGACCACAUUUAAUGGCACCGAGUACAGAUCGCAUACAUCAUGCAUGACCGAAGACCAGAAGUAUCAAGGUGCCCUCUACAGGCCAAAAACCCCCAAAAACCCCAACAGGAAGUCUGUCUCAAUCGUCGAACCUGGCGACGCCAAAGCCCUGAUUCCUCGCCCAGCAUACGUCGAAGAUGCCCCCGACAACGAGGCCCCUCCUCAUGUUCCUACUCCUCCACCCGCCGUUCCUCCCCUUACCGCCGACAGUGUUUUUGAUUACAUGGUAGACGAAAGCAUGCCCAACACCCCUCAGAUAGCCUAUUCCAAGGACAAAGGAGAAAUGGCCAUGGCCAAGGGAGCCCCAUCCAUCUUCACAAAUAGCCGCCCAGGUAGCUCCAGUGGCUAUCGCCAUCAUGAAGAGCAGAUGCUCAAUCAAGAUUAUCUUGACAAUGGCUACACGUGGGGCACCGAGCCCGUUCAGUCCAAACAAGUCCUCGACAUGAACGGAAGCUCCCUGACUCUGGAGUUCAUGACACCUGCGGCCAAGGAAGUCAAGGCUAGGUUAGACAAGAAAGACAGACCACGCUCGCACAGCCGAACCGACAGUGGUAGCGGACAGAAGAGGAAAAGAGACGAGCACCAAACACCAGCAGAUUCUCUCAUGGUUGAUACUACCAAGGCCGACACACCCACAAUCGUGCAUUCAGGUUUGACUGGCGGUCUCAACCGGAUGUUGAGUGAAGAGAAAUACCCAUUUCGAAGGACGCCUGAGACAGAGGAGAAGAACAAACUGGUCAUCGAAAAGAACCGCCCUGUUCGUCGAAGUCACAAGACUGACGACCCCAUAUCACCCCUCAAACGGACGCGGCAUGCCAAGGAUGAUUCCAACGGCCUAGGAAUAUCAAUGAAAGGGCGUGCGGCUAAAGCCCUGUCCAUGGUUGGCGUAGCACUACUUCCUGGCUCGGGCAAUUCUCAACAGGUCAAGACGAGGAGAAGAGCAAGUUCGUCUGACCAUGGACAGAAUGCGACUCGGGUGCGAGAAGGGGAGAAACGUGAACGCAAAAAGCACAAAGUUCACCGACACAAUGGAACAGCGUCAGGAAAUAUUCGACACGAGCAUCGCUCAAGACGUCAUGGCAGCGAGGACUCGCCUUCUCAUUCACCCCAUGAAAAUGGUCCGCGCCGGUUAAAAGCGAUCGAGUAUCGCAAACACGACGAUUCUGGCUCGGACACCGACUCAGACCCAGCCAAUCGUCACGGGAAUGAGCAGGGAUCCAGAAGAAAAUCCACCAAUGGUGCAAUGGUAGUUUUCGGCGAGGAGGAGAGGCAGAGACGGGCAUGUCGAAACUUCCUGGCCAACGCUCCAGGGUUGGACUCGGAAAAAGGCUACUCGAUUCAUAAAAUGCUGAAGCGAUAUCACAAGCAGACGGACACAAGAAGCUCGUCUGCCAAGGCUGAUGAUGAGCAGCAGCUAUGGCGUGGAUUGCGGAUCAAGAGGAACGAGAAGGGCGAAUUCGUUCUGACCUUUUGAUCGACUUGUUUGACCCAGCAGACGAGCGAGUCGGCCUUCCCACGUGGACUUUAAAUCAUGAAACUUGUUCGGCGUUAUUGUGAUUCAGGGAUGGGGGACCACUGGUCGCUUUGGGAGUAGAUACUUUAGACCAUAUACUCGCUCCAGCUCGAAUGAUCAUGGUCACAAGAGUGACA